CUCGCCACCUCGCGCGCUCACACACACACGCACACACACUACACUUCACUUCUUCUCAGUCUCUCCUUUCGUCCUCCUCACCACCAUGAUCGCCAAGCGCUUCCUGUCCGUCGGUCUCGUUGCCGUCUGCCUGGCUCUGGCUGCUCAGCCUGCUCAGGCCAACUGGAUUGACGAUGCUCAGGCUGGUGGCCAGCGAGUUUUCCAGGCCGCCUUUGACACCUGGACCGAGUCGGAUCUCCGCAGCUACCUCUUGGAGCGCGGUAUCCUCUCGCCCUCGUCGACCCGCGAGCAGCUCAUCGUAAUGGCCAAGCAAGACUAUUCUGCCCUCUCCAAGAGUGCCGUCUCUGCCACUGCCGGAGCAAAUGCCCAGGCAUCUGAGGCUGCUCAGUCUGCCUACUCUCUCGCCUCAUCCGUCGAGUCUGUCGUACGUGCUCAGGCGUCGAGCCUCUCGUCCAACAUCGCCUCAGACUUACCUUCGGCCGCAUCUUCGCUGGCGUCUCAGGCUUCUUCGAGUGCAUCCAGCGUGUCCAAGGCUGGUGGCAGCGCCGCCUCUUCGGCCAGCAAGGAUGCUACGGCUGGGGCAACUGCGUUGAGCAAGAGCGCUGAGUCGGCUGCCUCCGAGGCCUCCAAGUCGGCUUCGUCGGCUCUGGCUCAGGCCACCAAGACUUUUGACGCCAACAAGGACUACGUCUUCUCUUCGUGGAAGGACUCUGACCUUCGCAAGUGGCUCAUUUCAAACGACGUCAUCAAGAGCGACUACGAGGCCAAGCGUGAUGAGUACCUCAAGCUCGUUACUGACAACUGGAACUCGGUCACGGACACGUCGGCCUACUGGAAGACGUGGACUGACUCGGACCUCCGCAACUGGCUCGUUGCCAACGGCUACCUCAAGUCAGAUGUCGAGGCAAAGCGUGACGAGCUUCUGAAGCUGGCGCAAGACAACGGCCAGUGGCUGGCAGACUCAGCCCGCAGCUACACCUCGUGGAGCGACGCCAAGCUCAAGGAGUACCUCAAGGCUACGGGCCUCAACCGCGUGCCCAGCACCAGGGAAGGUCUUGAGCGUGAGAUGCGCGCACGCUUCGUGCCCCAGAAGAGCUUCCUCGACCAGCUCAAGGACGGCGUCCGCAAUGUCGUCGUUGGCGCACACGACGCCGUGGGCCAGGGUCACUCUGCUGGUGCAUCGGCCUCGGUCUCAUCUGCUCUGAGCGCUGCUUCUGCUUCUGCUUCGUCGGCCGUGUCGGCUGCUCACGAGGAGCUCUAAUCGAGUGCAUGACAGCAGGAUGUAAGAAGAGCGAGAUAUGAUGGUGGAACUGUUAUCAGUCUGUCUUAUCCUUGAUUGCUUUGAAUAUCAAAAUACCAAUCGCAAUUGC